AUGCUUUACUUUCGUCUGCACUCAUUGCUCCGAGUCCUGGUAUUCCUUUCUUCCCAUUUGGCCCUUGCCAGUCGCUUCCGCUUUGGCAUACAGGAGAUAUACGUUGGACUGCCCCGUGAUCUCGAAGAGGAUGAUUUGGUCCUCGCUAUCGUCUCAACUGCAGGUUCGGAUUCCAGUAACCAGACGUGGUUGAUCGGUGCUGUCGAAACGAACACGACAAUCUCAUGGAGCAAUCUCACGCAUGAGUUCGAUGUCCCAGCCAAUCCGCCCAACGUCUCGGUGUCUAUUGGCGCUGCCAACGACCCUGACGCAGACGAAGAGAGCAUCGAGGAGUUCGUGAGCGGCGUAGCAGAUCUCGCGAGCUUACUUCCCGGCAUCGGGGGCUUCUUUGGAUCCCUCGUUGGCUUCCUUACCGAUCUUUCUAAUUGUACGGGUCCUGUUGUCGCCGACAAUAUCGUCUACGCUCCCGCCACGCUCGAUAAUAUGACGCAGAAUCAGAAGGUCUGCAACACAAAAAACUACACCAACGCAUCGCCACAUCUGCUGUGCGGCACCGAUAAUUCUUCGUACACAGUGACGUACUGUCUUGAGCGCCUUACGUCUAAUGCGGUGGAUUUGGUGCCGGGAAUUUUCCUUGCUGUUGUGAGUCUGGCCGUGGCAAUACUUUUGUGA